AUGAUAGCAGGAUGUACGAACGCGUAUACCGAGCGCGUAGCCACUGUGGAUGAAGUAGCCACCCAACUUCCUCCUAGAAAAUAUCAACUCGAGUUAUUUGAAAGAGCCAAGACGGAUAACAUUAUUGCCGUAUUGGAUACUGGCAGUGGGAAGACAUUUAUUGCCGAUUGCUUAUUGAAGACACAGUUACCGAGGAGAGAAGACCGAGAAAAAAGACGACUCCCUUGCUGCAUGCUUAAUGCUGAUACGUUGAUUUAUGGACCUGACCCUUGUUGGUUAGUAAAAGCACAGAAAAUCAGGGUCCAACACCAACCCAUGUGUGACCAACCGGACUUGUCAUUUGGAUCAUCAAGACCAUGUGUGCUGAUAUGGAUAUGA